AGAGAGAGAGACUCAUGGAGGAGCUGGGCGUGGUUCGAACAAACGAGAAUGCCUGUGGACCGGAGGAAGACGGCUGUCUUCAGCGCUGCUGUUCUUCUUCGGUUGCUGCUGUUCUUUGUGUUCCCCAGUCUGCCUGACUUGCUGACAGGGCGCGUGGAGGUGUCGACACCAGUCAACAGCUUCAAGCGACUACAGGAAGGUCUCUUCUUGUAUACGAGGAAUGUGUCGCCGUAUGAUGGGGGGGUGUUCCAUCAGGCACCUCUGCUGCUACCGUUGUACGCUUUACUACCGAGUGUACGAGACUACAGACUGCCACAGAUCGUGUUCUAUGCGUUGAUCGAUAUCCUCAAUGCCGAUGCGCUGAUCACGAUUGCUGACUCGGGCCAGUCGGUAGUGGGGAGGCUACACUCGACGAGUCGGAAGAAUAUCAGAUGGGACGGUGUGGCCAUUGCUGCUUGGUACCUGUUUAAUCCUUUCACAAUUGCAACAUGCCUGGGUCGGCCCACGAGCGUCUUGACGAGUUCAGCUAUACUGUAUGCGGUGUCAAACGCUGUCAGCGGCAAUAGCGUCAACGCAAUGCUCGCGCUGGGUCUUGCAUCGUACCUCUCGCUUUAUCCGGCGCUUCUUUUCUUGCCCCUCGUGCUGUUGUGCUACGACCGACAUGCAACUGGCAGCAAGGUCGCACCCAGUACUGCUUUAUUCGGCUUACAAAAUUUCGGAGUCUUUCUAGCGAGUGUGGCCGGCCUCCUCGCUAUCUCGUACCUGAUUAUCGGAGACUUCUGGGAGUUCGUGUCGGCAACGUACGGGUUCCAGCUGCUAGUCCCCGAUCUCACUCCGAACAUUGGGCUCUGGUGGUACUUUUUCAUCGAGAUCUUCGAUUCCUUCCGGGAAUUUUUCCUGGGCGUGUUCUGGCUUCAUCUGGCUGGGUACGUUGGUGGCCUGACUGUCCGACUGCGUCGACAGCCGCUCUUUGUCUUGACCUCGCUGCUAGGCAUUUUUGCCAUCUUCAAGCCCUACCCUAGUAUUUCCGACAUCUCGCUCUACUUUGCCCUCUUGCCUCUAUACCGUCAUCUCGUCCCUUUAAUGCGAUAUACCUUCUUCGCCGUGUCCGCUCUACUCUACGCGACCGUCCUGGGCCCUGUCUUCCACCACCUCUGGAUCUACGCCGGGUCAGGCAACGCCAACUUUUUCUACGCAAUCACUCUUGUCUGGAGCCUGGGGUUGUCGAUCCUAGUCGCCGACUCUAUGUUUGCUGCCCUCCGCGAUGAAUGGGAGGAGGAGAAUCCCGACAUGCGAGGGAAGGACGUAAGACAGAUCUAGCUAAAGCAUAAUUUACCAUUUCUCUAUUUUUUUCUUUUCAAAAGAACAUCAUGCGCUUCUCGUUUCCAAUCUUUUCGAUAAAAUUAAAUAAUCCGCCUCCUUGACAGUGCCAUUCCUCAGUAUGCGCGGCGGAGGCGAGUACUCGUCAACUCCGUAUCCCAGCCGAGCGUAGAACCGUCUCGCCCCCUCGUUAACCCGGAAGACAGUCAACAUGCACUUCUUCAGGCCGAUGC